CUCACUUGCACCCUGCUGCUGAAGAGCCUCUCUCUCACAGACCGGCUUUCCCUGAGCCCUUUCUGCGAGAGUGCACUUAAGAAGCAGGACGGUGCCACUGGGACAGAGAUGCUGCAGAAUGUGCUGGUUGCGCUGGAGAAACAGAUGAAUGCGACUGGGCUGCAGAGCGAGAACGUGGAGCACGGCAGGCACAAUUUUUCCACGGUGCUGUUGACCACGGUGGAGAAGCUGCUGCGAAUGCUGGGUCAGACCCUGGCUGACCGCUCCGUCAACGUCACCUCCGCCAGAGGCACAGAACUGAUGCUCAGGAAGGCUGGGAACCGGAGCCCGGAGGUCGUGCAGCUGCUGCAGAGCAAGACGCAGGUGAACUUAGAGUGGAACAAAGCCCCAGGGCAGCAGAAGGAAGGCGACACGCUGGUCGGGCUGCUGGUGUACGUGGGGAUGGGCUCCAUGCUGGAAGGUGCCACAAAGAUGGAGGCGCCCGAGUGGGACGAGAUCCGGCUGAACGGGAGCAGGGAGCGGGAGCGGGGGAAGGCUCUCUCUCCCCAGGAGCGCAAGCUUUUCCAGCGGCUCCUCUGUGCCUACUGGGAGCCUACGAAGCAGCACUGGUCCACCAAGGGCUGCGUCCUGCUGGAGUCCAGUGGCUCCAGGACCCACUGCCAGUGCAACCACCUGACCAGCUUCGCCGUGCUCAUGGCCUUCUAUGACCUGGAGGACUGGCGCCUGGACAUCAUCACCAAGGUGGGGCUGGUGAUCUCGCUGCUGUGUCUGCUGCUCUCCAUCCUCACCUUCCUCUUCUCCCGCGCCCUGCAAGGCCCUCGCACCACCAUCCACCUGCACCUCUGCCUGGCCCUCUUCGUGGCCUACGCCGUGUUCCUCACCGGCAUGUCCAGAACCGACAACGAGGUGGCAUGCGCCGUGGUGGCCGGGCUCCUGCACUAUUCCCUGCUGACCGCCUUCUGCUGGAUGUGCCUGGAGGGCUUGGAGCUGUACCUGCUGGUGGUGCGGGUCUUCAAGCCCCAGGGCCUCAAGCGCCGCUACAUGUUCCUGCUGGGCUACGGCGUGCCGGCCAUCCUCGUGGGCAUCUCCGCCGCCUCGUACAGCGAGGGCUAUGGCACCAAGCGAUACUGCUGGCUCUCGCUGAAGAAGGAAUUCAUUUGGAGCUUCCUGGCACCCGUCUGCAUCAUCAUCGCGAGGGUAUGGUCAUGUGACUGGUUCCCCCUCCCCGACAGGGUGCUCACGCUCACGGCCAUCGCCCAGCUCUGCAUCCUGGGCAUCACCUGGAUGGUCGGCAUGUUCCAGUUCAGCCAGCACACGCUGGUCUUCUCCUACUUAUUCACCAUCCUCAACAGCUUCCAGGGGCUCUUCAUCUUCCUGCUGUGA